GUUUCCUGUGGGACCGCGAUCGCCGUUGCAGCGGGAAGCCUGCGAGAUGGCGGUCGGCUCUCCGAACGUUUAGAACCCUGAACCUGGACCCGAGCACCCGGAACCCGAGUUGUCUGCCUCACCGCGUCCCUGCGUCUUACCCAAGUUAUGGAGGGCGGCAAACCGAGCCUGGCGCUGGUCUACCAGGCGGUCCAGGCCCUGUACCACGACCCGGACCCGGCCGGGAAGGAGCGCGCCUCGCUGUGGCUGGGAGAGCUGCAGAGAUCGAUGUAUGCCUGGGAGGUCUCGGACCAGCUGCUGCAGCUCAAGCAGGAUGUGGAGUCAUGUUACUUCGCCGCGCAGACAAUGAAGAUGAAGAUCCAGACGAGCUUCUACGAGCUGCCUCCCGAGACCCACAAUGCACUGCGAGACUCGCUGCUGAUACACAUCCAGAACCUCAAGGACCUGUCACCCAUCAUCGUCACCCAGCUGGCCUUGGCGAUCGCCGAUCUCGCACUGCAGAUGGCAUCGUGGAAAGGAUGUGUUCAUACGCUCAUAGAAAAGUACAACAAUGACAUCAGUUCGAUGCCCUUCCUCAUAGAGAUCCUCACUGUACUGCCAGAGGAAGUUCACAGUCGCUCGCUGAGGAUCGGAGCCAAUCGGAGGACAGAGAUCAUUGAGGACUUGGCGUACUACUCUGGCACUGUGGUUACCCUGCUGACAACCUGCGUGGAGAAAACGGGGAAUGAUGAGAAGAUGCUCAUCAAGGUGUUUCGCUGUCUGGGUAGCUGGUUCAACCUGGGUGUCCUCGACAGCAACUUCAUGGCGAGCAACCAGCUGCUCAUGGUGCUCUUCCAGGUCCUGCAGAGGGAUGAAACCUCCACCAACCUCCACGAGGCAUCCUCUGACUGCGUCUGCUCAGCACUCUACGCCAUAGAAAACGUGGACACCAACAUGGCGUUGGCACUGCAACUCUUCCAAGGCGUCCUGACACUGGAGACGGCCUAUCACAUGGCAGUGGCCAGAGAGGAUCUGGACAAAGUGCUGAACUACUGCAGGAUCUUCACUGAGCUCUGUGAGACCUUCCUGGAGACCACGGUCAGGACUCCAGGACAGGGCAUGGGAGACCUGAGAACUCUGGAGCUGCUGUUGAUCUGUGCAGGACACCCUCAGUAUGAAGUGGUAGAGAUCUCUUUUAAUUUCUGGUAUCGCCUUGGAGAACAUCUGUACAAAAUAAAUGACCCUGCUCUGCACGCCAUCUUCAGACCGUACAUCCAGAGGCUGCUGCACUGUUUGGCCCGGCACUGCCAGCUCGAUCCAGAUCACGAGGGAAUCCCAGAGGACACAGACGACUUUGGCGAGUUCCGGAUGAGGGUGUCCGACCUCGUUAAAGAUGUGAUCUUCUUAGUUGGCUCCAUGGAGUGUUUCGCUCAGCUGUAUUCUACGCUGAAGGACGGGAACCCUCCAUGGGAGGUGACAGAAGCUGUCCUCUUCAUCAUGGCUUCUAUUGCAAAGAGUGUCGACCCAGAGAACAACCCAACCCUGACGGAGGUGCUGCAGCAAAUUGUGUUGCUUCCUGAAAGUGUCCAUAUGGCAGUGAGAUACACAAGCAUCGAGCUGGUUGGAGAGAUGAGUGAGGUUGUGGACAGGAACCCCAGAUUUCUUGACCCUGUGUUGAACUACCUGAUGAAAGGUCUGCGAGAGAAACCGCUGGCAUCUGCAGCAGCGAAGGCGAUCCACAACAUCUGCUCCGUGUGCAGAGACCACAUGGCCCAACACUUCCAUGGGCUGCUGGACAUUGCUCGCUCACUCGACUCCUUCGCACUGUCCACAGAGGCUGCUGUUGGCCUCCUCAAAGGUACAGCUCUGGUUCUGGCUCGACUUCCUCUGGAGAAGAUCGCAGAGUGUCUGAGUGACCUGUGUGCUGUUCAGGUCAUGGCUCUGAAGAAGCUUCUGGCUGAGCAAUCCACAAACGGUAAAUCAGCUGAUCCGACCGUGUGGCUGGACAGGUUGGCUGUGAUCUUCAGACACACAAACCCGAUUGUGGAGAAUGGACAGACUCACCCCUGUCAGAAAGUCAUCCAGGAGAUCUGGCCCGUGCUGUCGGAGACUCUGAACACUCACCAGGCUGAUAACCGGAUCGUGGAGCGCUGCUGCCGCUGCCUCAGGUUCGCUGUACGCUGUGUUGGGAAAGGCUCCGCCUCCCUGCUACAGCCGCUUGUCACACAGAUGGUGAGCGUGUACCAGGUGUAUCCACACUCAUGCUUUCUGUACCUGGGCAGCAUCCUGGUGGAUGAAUACGGCAUGGAGGAGGGCUGCAGGCAAGGGUUGCUUGACAUGCUACAGGCUCUCUGUAUGCCAACCUUCCAGCUGCUGGAGCAGCCAAACGGUUUGAGGAAUCACCCUGACACUGUGGAUGACCUUUUCAGGCUGGCCACCAGGUUUGUCCAGCGAAGUCCCGUCACAUUACUCAGCAGCAGCAUCAUCGUUCACAUCAUCCAGUGCGCCAUUGCCGCUGCCUCAUUGGACCACCGAGACGCCAACUGCAGCGUGAUGAAAUUUGUGCGAGACCUCAUCCACACGGGAGUUGCCAAUGAUCAUGAGGAGGACUUCGAGGUGAGAAAGCGUCUGAUUGGUCAGGCCAUGGAGCAGCACGGCCAGCAGCUCGUCACUCAGCUGAUGCACUCAUGUUGUUUCUGUCUGCCGCCGUACACGCUACCUGACGUUGCCGAAGUGCUCUGGGAGAUCAUGGUGUUUGACCGGCCGAUGUUCUGCCGCUGGUUAGAAAGCGCUCUGAAAGGUUUACCGAAGGAGACGUCGGGAGGCACCGUGACUGUCACCCACAAACAGCUGACUGACUUCCACAAACAGGUCACCAGUGCUGAGGAGUGUAAACAGGUGUGCUGGGCCAUCAGAGAGUUCACUAGACUGUUCCGAUAGCUGCAGCCUUCUCACACCGCCAGGUAAAUCUUUUGUUGACGAGCAUUCAGAGGUGACGGCAAUAAUCUGCGUCUGCAGACGAGGAUCCAAAGGAGUGAUGAUGAUGAUGACAGAGGACUUCGAAUGUGAACAGGGUGGCUCACUCUGAAGGGCUGACAGAUGGAAGACUGAUUGGACAGAAUGAGUCCACCCCAUCUCACCUGAACUCACCUAACUUCACCUGCAGCAGGUAGUGAGUGGGUGGGGCUGGGUCCAGCAGGUGGGCAGGGUCAGGAGGCUGCAGUCAUAAAUCAGAGGAUGUGCCUGGUCAACAGUUUUUAGAGAUUUAUUUUUGGACUUUGGUCGUGGUGUUUUUUUUGUCCGUGCCAUAAAAGGAGCCAAAAGAUUUCCCAUGAUGCUCUUGGCUGCAGCGUGCUGCAGGAGGAUUUGGCGUCACCUUUGACCUUUUUAACUUUGGUUGAAUUUUAGUUGUUCUUCCACAAAGUGAAACAGUGAACUCUGGGUAAUGAGGCGGAGAGACUGACACCAUGACAUCAUCGGUGAUGUAGCCUUGUUGUAAACAAAUAAAAACAAAAAAACUGCU